AUGGUCUCAUUCACUUCUAUUGCCACUUUGGCUAUGGCCAUCACUUCUGCAUGCUCCUUCUCCUUAUUGCACGAUCAAGAUGGAUAUGCUAUUUUACCUCCAACAGACACGGUCUUGGCCCACUUGAAAUCAGCUGGCAAAAAAGACGCCUCGAAACAUUACGAAGUUGUAAACACAAUCCACAAGAAUGGUGAAAUCGUUCUCGUUAACUUGAACACCCAUGAAAUCAAACAAACUGGUAAGUACAAGUACAACUAUGACAACUCAUGCUACGACGACAUAUCAAAGAGAAGUGCCGCAUUCCACAAGAGAACCAUUGAAGAUGCUGACAGAGAACAAUGCUAUAACAAAGAAUACGAGCUCGAGACUUCACAGUGUGGAUUUGAUUUUGUUGACUACAACGAUGCAUCCAACUGUAGCUCAGAAACAACCAAGUACUCGUGUGUUUUGGACAUCAUGAAACAACAAGAUGCAACUUUGAAGUUGAAGGAUAUGGACAGUGUUCCUGCCCAAGUUAGAUGUUACCACAAAUUGUCCACUGCCCAAAGCGACAAAGUUACCGGUGGUGCUUGUUCUAAAUAG